CAAUCAAGCGUAUAAAGGAAUAUUUAGCUAGAACACGCCAUCCAUUUCAUAAAUUAGUAUACGCUUCUCCUCUCCACUAUGGAGGGUGAACGACUUCUUGGAAUCUCUUUGCUUUGCGAGGAAGACGCACCCUAGCUUACGAGAGUACAAAGACCACCCAAUUGCCAAGGCCAAGAAGCAUGGCUCCUGCUACUGCUGUUUCCUGCCAAGCCCGCCAUAGCCAUGAGCUGCCUCACGUCGCCAUCUUCCCUCUCAUGGCGAAAGGCCACACCAUCCCGCUCCUGGACCUCACGUGCCUCCUCCUCCGCCGGCGCCUCACCUCCGUCACGCUCUUCACCACCCCGGGCAACGCGGCGUUGGUCCGCGCCGCGCUGGCCGCUGGAGGAGCCGAGGGCGCGGCCGUCGUCGAGCUCCCUUCCCCGAGCGGCCACGCCACGGGCGAGGAGGGCAUCGAGAGCGUCGCGUCGGCGUCCUCCCCCUUUGCCGCCUUCGUGGAGUCCACCAAGAUGCUUCAGCCGCGGUUCGAGGAGGCACUCGCCGCCAUGCGCCCGCCCGCGAGCCUCCUCGUCGCCGACGGGUUCCUGUACUGGGCGCACGCGUCGGCCGCCGCGCUCGGCGUCCCGAGGCUGUCGUUCCUGGGCACGUCCGCGUUCGCGCACGUCAUCCGGGAGGUGUGCGUGCGCGACAAGCCGGGAGCCAACUGCGGCGGCGCCGGUUACGACGCGUCCACCGGCACGUACACGGUGCCAGAGUUCCCGCACCUGCGGUUCUCGCUCGCUGAGUUUUCGCCGCUACCUGCUCCCGCGAUAGAGCUCGACGCCAAGAUGGCGGUGGCCGUCGCCGCAAGUCACGGAAUGAUCAUGAACACCAUCCAUGGUUUGGAGAGCCGCUACAUAGAGCAUUGGAAUCAGCACAUCGGUCCCAAGGCCUGGCCCCUCGGGCCACUAUGCCUAGCCCGACAAUCACCAACCGUCGACGACCCAGCCCAUGCCAAGCCCUCCUGGAUGCGGUGGCUGGAUGAGAAGGCAUCCGCCGGGCGGCCCGUGCUCUACAUUGCAUUUGGGACUCUGGCAGCUAUUCCGGAAGUGCAGUUGAAAGAGGUGGCUGACGGGUUGGACAGGGCAGAGGUAGACUUCCUCUGGGCCGUGCGACCUGCCAAUGUCGACCUUGGCACCGGGUACGAGGACCGUGUCGAAGGGAAGGGCAAGGUGGUGAGGGAAUGGGUGGACCAAUGGGAGAUCCUGCAGCACGCAUCUGUGAGAGGAUUCUUCAGUCACUGCGGGUGGAACUCGGUACUGGAGAGUGUCACUGCGGGCGUGCCAUUGGCGGUGUGGCCAUUAGAAUUUGAGCAACCUAUCAACGCACGGCUUGUCGUUGAUGAGCUUAGGGUUGGCAUUAGGGUUCACUCUAGUGAUGGAAAAGCUGGCGGUUUAGUCAAGAGCGAGGAGGUAACAAGGGUCGUGCGGGAGCUAAUCUCCGGUGAGGCUGGGGUGGCAAUGUCAGCGAGUGUGGCAGCGAUAGCAGCACAGGCUCGGCUGGCUGGGUUCCAAGGAGGGUCGUCAUGGAACGCAGUGGAGGAGGCCAUCUCUGAGCUCUGCAUCACAAACACAGCCGAGAAAGCAACGGAAGUCAAACACCUAUCCAGUGUUUAAAACAGUGGCGCCUAGGGCGGAGGUUUACACCUAGGCGUUUUUCCUUAUUGUUCUAUAUUAAUAUGCAAUAUUUUCCGUAUUUUCUCUAUUUUUCUGUGUCCAUUUGCCAAAAGUAUAACCGCCUAGCGAGUGUGUGCUAUUCCUUGGGACUAAGGAAAUGGAAGUAUGUUUGAUUAAGAAUCAAUUUAUCUUAGGAAGGG